AUGGUCCAACUUGCUCCCAUCGUUGUUCCUUGCCAUCCUUCAACUGCGCCCGCUAUCGCCGCUCCUUUGCAUGUCGAGCAUACUGGUCACGUCCACACCCACGAAGUGCACCCUGAAGUAGAGGCCCGCGAACUUGACACACUCGAGGAGCGCGAGCCAAUCUUCGGUGCCCUCAAGAUCGCACGGAAGGUCGUCGGAGGUGUCGCCAAGGUCGCAGCUGGAGCGCGCUCCGGUCGCGAGCUCGGGGAGCUAGCUGCCCGCGACCCCGAGAACUUUGACACCCGAGGAUUCAUUACCACCACGAUACCGGGACCCGCGCGGGCGGGAGGACCGGAUACGAGGACUAUGAGGGUCGCCAUUCGCGACAUCGAGCAUCUGGACGCUCGCAGUGCCCGCAAUGGGCGUAUGGGAGGCCGUAUCGGAGGUGCCGGAGUCUCCCGCCCAGCAGUUCUGCGGUCCGCCGUCAUCGACGGCCAUGAAGAGCUUGACAGACGCCUCGAACCGAGCGACGGCCUGAGGGCUGCGCGCAUGCGUCAGCGGAUGGCAGGCGCGAAGCCGGGCUCGCAUAUGAUCACGACCAAAGGGGCGCGUGACCUCGAGGAGCUUGAAGAGCUCGCGCUCCGCUAA